AUGGCUUCUGCGAUCCCCGAACUCGACAGUAAGAAAAAGAUGCCGCCCGCGAAUCCUCUGCACGUUGUGGUGCGUCUUAUGCCCUCGACUGGCCUAGAGGGUGCUUUCCGUGUGCACGUCCAACCAGAAUCCCUCAACCAGGCAUCUCUGAAAUUAGGCGAUGUCUGCAAAAUCGAGAGCGAGAGCGACAAGGAUGGAGCCACAGUCACAGGCUAUGGCAUUGCCUGGAGAGCAGCCGACGGAAUGACCAAUAGGCCCAAAAAUCGGCCCAUCAAGAUGACAGAAACCAUACGUACGGCAUUUGGAUUCGAGGAAGGAUCUAGAGUCACCAUCUCGUCAACCGAUGUUGAGAUUUUGCCUGCUGACAGCAUUUUCCUAUCCGAUGUUACACCGGCCGAGUACAACAAAGGCGAAGAUGACGGCAGAUGGAGGACUCGUGUCAACGGGCUUUUGGUCUCCUGCGAAGCUCUCGCGGCCGGCGUCGAAUUUGACGUCAUUACCGCGAACAAGAAGUCCAAGAGGCGAUUCUUCAUCGACUCCAUCGAAGGCGGCGGAGAUGUAAGCAGCGAUGCAGGUCUCUUCACCUUCAUGGACCGAACACAAGUCGUCUUCUCUGGUGAAGAACCGCUCAACAACACACUGCACAAGCCAAUCAGACCAACUCAGCCUCCCAUUAUCUCGUCCGGGCUCGACACAGCUCCGAUUGCUGGCUUGCUUGAACAGUGCCAGAUUCUUAAUCGUAGGCUGAGACAGCUGCUCAAUCUUAGUCGACCGGAUCCCGACAAUGCACCCAUACUCUUGCACGGCUACGAAGGAUGCGGCAAAACGUUGCUCCUGGAACAGCUCGCAAAGGCAAACUUCCGCAAAGUCUUGCGGCUUGAUCGAUCCAUCGUUCCUGCGCACGGCGGAGUGAUUAGUAAAAAUCAAGCCAUCAUUCAAGAGACUUUCAAGGAAGCUGUAGCAAAUCAGCCGUCUUUGAUCCUCAUGGAUGACCUAGAACGCCUGCUGCCAUCCACUGACACCGCUUAUGGCCCUGUACUCGCUAGAGAGCUGUCAAAAAUUCACCACACUCGAGUCAUGGUUGUUGGUGMAGCUCGAUCACUCUCCGAUGUCAGCACGGAGAUUAUAGGCCACAAAAGCGGUGGUUUCGUAGAACUGAUCGAGAUCCCAAUCCCGGACAUUGCAGCACGACAAUCGCUGCUGAAGAUACUCGGUGUCGACGAACAAAUGAUUCCUUUGGUAGCCUCACGGACACACGGCUUCACAGGAGAGGACGUCGCCUUGCUGAAUAGGAUGGCGAAUCUAUACGCUGCGGAUCGCUCAUACGACGAGUUCGAAGCCGCGGAACUGAGUCGAAGCCAAACACCUCCGCCAUAUGAAGAUGCGGUGAACGCUCAGCACGUGCCUACCGGCGAUUCAGCGGUCGAGACUUUAGCUUUGACAAUCUGGGCAGACUAUGAGACAGCCUUGAAGAAAGUGAAACCGAAGGCCUUGCGGGAAAUCUUCACGGAGAAGCCUACCAUCCGCUGGAGUGACAUUGGCGGCUCGGAGCACGUGAAGGAAAGCUUCGACAGCAUCAUUGGCUGGAUCACCACGAAGAAAGAUGAGGUGGCGAGAUUCCACUACCAGCCUCCCAAGGGAAUACUGCUGUAUGGUCCGCCGGGUUGCUCAAAGACCCUCACGGCGCAAGCGGUCGCAAACAUGUACAAUUACAACUUUGUUGUCGUCAAAGGUGCCGAGCUCAUCAGCAUGUACGUCGGAGAGUCCGAACGUGCAGUCCGUGAGGUAUUCCGAAAGGCCAAAGCAGCGGCGCCGUGUGUUAUUUUUUUCGACGAGAUUGAUUCUAUCGGUGAAGACCGCGAUACCUCCGGCACGAAGGGCCUCAACGUUCUGACGACUCUCCUAAACGAAAUGGACGGAUUUGAGAACCUGAGGGACGUUUUGAUCCUAGCGGCGACCAACAAGCCAGAGACGCUGGAUCCGGCAUUGAUGAGACCAGGGCGUUUUGACAAGAAAAUUUACCUUGGCCCACCAAGUGAAGUUGCGCGAAAGGAAAUUCUCGCCAUCGCAACGAAAGGGGCGCCUGUUUCACCUGGUGUGGAUUUCGACCAGUUGGUGAAAGCCACUGAAAAUCACUCUGGCGCCGAUUUGGUACGCGUGUGUCAGGCGGCAAAGGAAUAUUGCCUCAAGCGCAACGGUGAAGAGCUCACCGCAAGUGAUUUUCAACACGGGCGUGAGGAGACUUCACGCAGCAUCACGGACGACAUGCUUCACGCGUAUGAGGAGUUCUCGCAGAGACAGAAAUGA